CUACACUUGUCCAUAUAUCUGAGAGAAACAUUUCAUGAACUUCUUCUGAUCCACACACACAGAGACCUGUGAAGAAUGGCGAAUCAGAAAAGGGUUCUCUUACUAUGUGGAGAUUACGUUGAAGACUACGAGGUGAUGGUACCGUUUCAAGCUCUGCUAGCCUAUGGAGUAGCCGUUGAUGCAGUUUGUCCAGGCAAGAAAGCCGGUGACAUUUGCCGUACUGCUGUCCAUCAGCUUUCUGGUCACCAGACAUAUUCAGAGUCCCGGGGACACAAUUUUGCUCUUAAUGCAACCUUUGAUGAAAUAGAGGCUACAAGGUAUGAUGGCUUGGUUAUUCCAGGAGGACGUGCUCCAGAAUAUCUAGCCAUGAAUGAAUCUGUGUUGGACUUGGUGAAAAGUUUUGCCAACUCUAAAAAGCCAAUUGCCUCUAUCUGUCAUGGACAAUUGAUCCUGGCUGCUGCAGAUGUGGUCAGAGGUCGAAAGUGCACAGCUUUUCCUGCUGUGAAACCGGUACUUCUUGCUGCUGGUGCCCAUUGGGAAGAACCAGAGACGAUGGCUUCAUGUACCAUCGACGGUAAUCUUAUCACCGGACCUACUUAUGAAGGUCAUCCUGAAUUCAUCCGACUCUUUGUCAAGGCACUUGGUGGCAGAAUAGUUGGUUCUGGUAAAAGAAUCCUAUUUCUGUGUGGGGAUUUCAUGGAAGACUAUGAAGUGAUGGUACCUUUUCAGUCCCUCCAAGCUCUUGAAUGCCAUGUUGAUGCUGUUUGCCCCAAAAAGAAAGCUGGUGAUAAAUGCCCCACUGCUGUGCAUGAUUUUGAAGGUGACCAGACUUACAGUGAGAAGCCAGGUCAUGAUUUUACCCUAAAUGCCAAUUUUGAAAGUGCGGACGCUUCAAGCUAUGAUGGACUUGUAAUUCCUGGAGGCCGAGCUCCGGAAUAUCUUGCCCUGGAUGAUGCUGUUAUUAAGUUGGUAAAGGAAUUUAUGGAGUCCAAAAAACCAGUUGCAUCAAUCUGCCACGGGCAACAGAUUCUAUCUGCUGCUGGCGUUCUCAAGGGGAAGAAGUGUACUGCAUACCCUGCUGUAAAACUUAAUGUUAUUCUGGGAGGGGGAACAUGGUUAGAACCAGAACCAAUAGAUCGUUGCUUCACCGACGGACAUUUAGUGACAGGGGCAGCAUGGCCAGGUCAUCCAGAGUUUAUUUCUCAGUUCAUAGCAUUGCUUGGAGUGCAUGUAAAAUUUUGAGCUGCUUGUUUCAGAUGUUCAUGUAUGUUAGCUUUUGUGAGUUCAGAUGUAUCCUAAUAACAGAUUAAGAAGUGUUUUUUUGAUGUACCUUAAUGUUUACCUGUAAAAUAACCAAUAAAACUACUUGUGGUUCUCUGCUUUGAAGCGCACACACGAUAAGGAACUUCUGGUAUUGAGAAAAGUGAGACGUUAAAUCCACUUCUGAUUUCAGAAUAAA